UACUUGACGUCACCAUUCAGUAGCGUGAGCGCGCAGCAUCGCGUCUUCCUCUGAGGACACGCCGAGCAGUCAGUCAUGGGGAAGCUUCAAGAAUUUGACAUCACUUUUGCGAACAACAAAGUGGUCUACAACCCCGGGGAGACGAUACACGGAACUGUGAAAAUACGGAUCAGCAACUCGCUACAGUACAAAUCUAUCAAGGUGAGCUGCCAGGGGUCAUGCGGGGUCAGCAGCAAGAUAAACGAUUUGUCCUGGACUGUGGAGGAGCAGUAUGUCAACAGAACACUGUCUGUUGCUGAUAGAGGAACUCUGGCAGCUGGAGAGCACACUUUCCAGUUCCAGUUUGCACUUCCAGUUGAGAUUCCAACAUCAUUUGAGGGACCGUUUGGGAAGGUGUUUUACAAAAUAAAGGCAGCCAUUGAUACGCCUCGCUUCUCAAAGGACUACAAGGCUCACAGAAUCUUCUACAUGCUCAACAUGCUCAACCUGAAUGAGCUUCCCAACAUCGAACAGCCGAGCUGCGCUGUCACUACAAAGAAGUUCAGCUACCUCUUGGUGAAGACGGGCACCUUGUUGCUGAAAUCCCAAAGUGACCUCCGGGGUUACAUCCCCGGUCAGGUGAUCAAGUUGGCCACAGAGAUUCACAACAAAUCGGGGAAGGACACAGGAUGUGUGUUGGCCAGUCUCAUUCAGAAAGUGACAUACAAGACCAAGAGGCCUGUUUAUGACCUGAGGACCAUCGCUGAGGUGGAGGGAGCCGGAGUGAAGGCGGGAAAACAUGCCGAGUGGAGGGAGCAGAUCAUCGUCCCGCCUCUUCCUCAAUCGGUACUCGACUGCUGCCGACUCAUAGAUAUCGAGUAUUUCAUUCAGGUGUCACUGAAAUCUCCAGAGGCCAUCGUCACUCUGCCCAUCUACAUCGGGAACAUCGCGUUUAACAUGAGUCCCUCCAGUCUGCCCUCCAUGCCCUCGGGUCUGGACCAGUCCGGCGUCAUCCCCAGCGCCCCCCCUGCAGAAGAGGACCUUGAUGAGCUUGAUGGUUUAUGUGCGGGGGGCGUGGCCAGUGAGGAGAUCCCAACCAAGAGCCACUCCCAGCAGGAUGCCACCGGUCAGCCGGUCACCAUGCCAUCCAGCGGCUUCCAUUAUCCAUUGAGUGGACCUCUGCCGCCGGGCUUCAUGCCCGAACCAACUGCCCCCUUGUUCUGCUUGUCUACGGGGGCCACCAUUCCAUUCUUCAUGGAGGGGAACCCCACCCCCGUGCCAACGUCCUGUUCGCUCAUCCUGCCUCCAGAGUAUAGCAGCUGGGACUAUCCUCAUGAGCCGCCACCUUCCUAUGAGGAAAGCUGCCCUGAGUCAAGUCUAAACAGUGGACAAUAGGGAAGCGGCAAGUGACGAGGCGUUCCCGCUACGCCCCAAUGUCCGUCAGCGCACGCCUCAUAACUUCUUCACAACAGACACUCCAUGGGUUUAAGACAGUUUGUGUUGUGUUCUCCCUCGCAAGCUUGUCAUCUGUCAGCUGGAGUGGCUCAUGUCUCCGAGGAUUACAAGUUGGUAACUGUAAAACCCCAGUUGUCGACUUCACAGUGCCUCCAGAGAAAACCUGGGAACAUCGUCACAGCUUCCGUUUCUUCUGUUGUUUUAGGAUGGUGGCAGAAGAAUUUCUGCCUGUGAAAGGGAUGCUGAUACACCAAACUUUUAUGUGUGUCUAUGCGUGCGUGUGUGUGUGUGUGUGUGUGUGUUCUCCUUCCGGAAAGGAGUGACCCACUUUCCAACCUGAUUUAAUUCAGUCACACUUCAAUCAACUUUAAUGACGUUAUUAUAGUCUAAUUUUCUUAAAUUGCUAUCAUCUGCUCAAGGUGUCGACUUGGAAGACUUGAACUGCUCUGGUCAUAAUUUGCAUUACAGUGUGUGUGUGCGUUACUGUUCUGAUACAGUGACUUGUCAUUUCAGAAAUAUGAGGACAAAGGGUGUGGUGGAUGUCUGUGCCCUUACUUUUGUAAUGGAUGAAAAAAUGAUAGUAUUUUCCAGGAAUGUUGAAGUAUACUAAAGAUGGGUUUAAGUCUAAAUUAAGGGUGUGUAAAAAUGUUUAGAAAUAAUAGCCAUACAGUUGCUAAAAGUCACCCCUAUGUGAUGAUUGAAUUGAUUAAUCGAUUCAUUGUAAAAAGAGGCCUCUGCCUAUGGUGACAGUGCGCCAUGAAUGUCUGCCUUGUGUAUAUGAAAUGAAAAGAUCUUCGUUGAUGUGUCACAACUCUGUUGUGCAGAAGAGAAGUAUGGAUUGUGUGAAGGCUAUAACCACUGCCCCGCCUGUCGGAGCUCUGUGGUGCUGUCAUGUUUUGCCAAGUUUACCAACUUAACGUUUGGUUUUUAAAGCAAUCCCAUCAAAUCUCACGAGUCAACUACAAAGCAGUCCAUUGGAAAUGUUUGCUCUUUAAAGUACUCCACACGACUGUUUCAUAUUAAUAGUAGUUUGAAUGACGAGAAAGCGGUGCCUCGAACUGCUGGUGGUCGUUGUAGGAACUGAAACCUGGAAUUUCAACUCCUGUAAAUCUGAUGGUCGUUGAUACAUUUAUAACAUAUUACCAAUGAAUUAUUAUAAUACAGAUGUUGAAUGUUUUUGUUUUAUAUCUACAUAUAUUCUAUGUUGCCUUAAUUGCCUCUUGUUACAUAAAACUCUUAGAUGGUGGUAUUGUGCACAGUAUGUGCUUUUUAAAAAUGAGUGUCUAUCCAGGAAUGUGUGAAGCAAAUGUUGGAUCCUUGAAGGUCGAUUUUCACUCAAACUAGUUAGAAUUUACCUGAACCAUUUAGCAUCUUUCAUCCGUAAUAUUUUAAUUCUGUGAAUAGCUUUACAUGGUAAUUUAUGUUGUCAUAUCAUCCGAAUUACAAGCACAUGAUCGAGAACAAACCUCCGUUCCGCUGUUGUUCCAUGGUUUGUUUUGCAUUGUUGUCUUGUGAAGUCUCCUGAAUGAUGCCGCGGAAUAUCUCUCUGAAUGUCCGGCUGGACCUGUGUCCCUGCACCUCAGCCGAUCAUGUAAUGUUGGAAGUCUCUCUUCACUCGGAUUCACUUAUUGUGCAAAGUGCACUUGAUAGACACAAAUGUAGCAGAAAUAUAUUCCUCCAAAGCAGUUUUGAUUCCCGGAUGUCAAUCCAUGCUGCCUUCAGUUACACCUUCACUGAGAGGUGGUAACACUUUAUGAUGCCCCAGUGUUGUGUCCUUGGACCCACACUUCCACGGUCGACUCCUGACACCAGUGGCAUGGUCUGGUUUCGUAUUUUUAUACUCUCCUCCCAUAUAACCUGUGUUAAACUACUGGUUGCACCUUAAAGUGUACAGUUAUGUACAAAAAUAAAGUUAUCCUACAUGUAACCUGGAUUUUUUGUUUAUAUGCUGCAGAACAGUCGCUUAGCCUCAUAUGAGUUGUGACCUCUAUAGACCUCUAUAGUGUUCCCUCUAUAGAAUAUAUAGAAUGUAUAUAUUAGGGGUGGGAUACAAUUAAAAAAAAAAAUCUAAUUAAUUAGAGAAUUUGUGAUUAAUUAAUCUCAAUUCAUCGCACUUUAUGAAUUUGGCAUAUUAGUGA